GUUUGUUGUGUGCAAACAAUCUCUCAACAGAUAUUGCAGGCGCCUUGCCCGAAUAAGUGAAGAAGGGAGUCUGACAGCGCAGAGGGUCAAGUUGGCGUGAAACCGCGGGCUUGCUGUCCCUGUGUGAAGUACUUAGAAUUGCCGUGCUGCAAUUUACCGCUGUUCGCGUCGGUACCACUUGCACUGCAGAUCAGCGCCUCCCUCGAUACAUUCGCUGGCUGCGGGGAAACUACCACAACCCGUAUCGAAGCUCCGCGCUCUUCUCUACUCUAGACCCAACGCCCCAGGCGUCACCCGCCGCCCACUUGCCCUCCACCUUUCUCUAUUCUUCACCGUCUACCAAGAUGGCACAACCACUGGAAGAUGCGUACAUCACGCUUCUUAUGAGCGAUUCCUACUUGCCGGGCGCAGUCGUUCUUGCAAACUCUCUGCGCGAUGCUGGGACCACCAAGAAGCUUGCCGUGCUCGUCACGAUGGAGACGCUUUCAGCUGAUACCAUUUCAGAGCUCAAGGCACUCUACGACUACCUGAUUCCCGUUGAGCGCAUACGGAACGCCAAUCCUGCGAACCUCUACGUCAUGGGGCGACCCGAUUUGGCCUUUGCGUUCACAAAGAUUGCUCUGUGGAGACAGACUCAGUUCCGCAAGCUCGUGUAUCUCGACGCAGACGUGGUAGCUCUGAGGGCGUUGGACGAGCUGUUCGACAUCGAGGCGUCGUUUGCUGCCGCUCCAGAUAUUGGCUGGCCAGAUGCUUUCAACAGCGGUGUCAUGGUCAUCAAGCCAGACAUGGGCGAGUACUGGGCACUGCAGACCAUGGCAGCGACUGGCGACAGCUUCGAUGGCGCAGACCAAGGCUUACUGAACCAGUACUUCGAACAGCGUCCGUGGCAGCGAUUGAAGUUUACCUACAACUGUACGCCAAACGCCGAGUACCAAUGGGAGCCCGCAUACCGCUACUACAAGCGCGACAUCGCCGCUGUCCACUUUAUCGGCAAGAAUAAGCCCUGGUCAGCCCAGCAUGCGAAUGGAAAUGGCGUCUACGGAGAACUGUUAGCGCGAUGGUGGGCGGUGCAUCAAAGGCAUCUGCACAAGGCAAAGGCGGGCCAACGAGCUGGUGAGGCAAAGAGCACUCUUGGUGACUCCAUGCUUUCUUCCUCCUCUACUCCUGCCCCUAUCGAAGCCUCCGCCGUUACGACCGAGCCUCCCAUGACCGAAUUUGAAGAUGAGAUUCAGAAUAUUGACCAAGGCGUGAUAGAACCAACCCCCACGGUCGAACAACGCAAGUUCUCUGCGCCCGAGAUGCAGUGGGACGCCACCAAGUUUGAGCCACCAGCGCAAUCGAGACCCGAAGCUGCCAACUUCCCUACGCAAACGUAUACCUUCAGUGACAGCCGAUCGCUCUUCAAGGCACCACGAGCCUAUCCCGAGGCGCCGCGGGACAUGUGGUACCAGGUUCCAGAGACUAGGGAAACACCAAAGCCCAUCUUCCCAUGGGAGCAAGAGGCGGAUAGACCCAAGCCGACGCGUGUGUUUUCUGAGGACUUGUCACCAGUGCCGACCCCUCCGGUAAUGUCGCCGACACAUGCUUUCUCAACCACACACUACGACGAGAGCGACAAAGUAGCUCCAGUCGCAGCGGAAAAGUCUUACCAGAACAAUAGCGGCAACGCCUGGGAUAAUGUUCCGGGUAUCGACAGCUACGUUCGUGCCAUAUCGGAUCUGAGUGGAAUACGGGGUAAGAGCCAGUCGCUACAACAGACUACAGGCACGGACGAUAUUAGCUCGCCUUUAUUGGAUCGCCGGCAACGCCGUGAGAGCUUAGUCCUCACCGACUUCCCCUCCGCAGUGGAGCGACCGAGUCUCCCUGUAACACCUGCGCCGGUUCGUCGUCCAAUGUUCUGGGGCGAAGAGAGGAACCAGGCAGGCGAGCUACCUUCUGCCACAGGAGUGCCGGAUCAGACCGAAUGGAAUCCUGAGGAGAAACUUGACCAGCUACGGCGGUCAUCCCUGAUCGAGUUUGAGCACUUGAAGAAAGACGAGCACCCAAACCCACCGAUGCGUGCACUUCCCGAGCAUUCAAUUGCCGGGGAGGAGAAGACAGGCAGCUCAUUUGGACUUGACGGAUCGAGUGAUCAGGGCGUUCCCGGAUCUUUCCCCGCCGUUGCCGAGAAAGACUUUGCUAGCAGCGACCCUGCACCGGACGACGGUACCUCGGCUGACGCCCAACCCGCCGGGGAUGAUCUCAGUCCGACACAGAGCAGGACUUAG